AUGUGUGAGACCAAUGAAACAGACUUUUCUGAGUUCCUUUUGCUUGGAUUUCAUGAGUUCUACAAUAUUAAGGUUCUGUUGUUCUUCCUCUUCCUUGUUUUUUAUCUGCUGAUGGUGACUGAAAACUGUCUGAUUAUUACAUUUGUGUCAUAUUGCCACCACCUUCAGGUCCCCAUGUACAUCUUCCUCAGGAACCUGGCUUUAACUGACCUUCUUUUAACUUCUAACAUCAUGCCAAAAUUAUUAGAGGUGACUUGGUUGGGUGGAACAGUUAUUUCUAAAAUGAGUUGCCUCUUCCAAUUCUAUUUCCAUUGCGUUGCAUCUUUUUCACAGUCUCUGAUUCUCACAGCCAUGGCUUUUGACAGAUACUUAGCUAUAUGUCACUCGCUUCGGUAUUCUUACCUUAUGAACCAGACACUCUGUUUUCACCUUGUCUUCUGGCCUUGGGCUAUUCCCAUCAUUCUACUUGUUACUGAAACAAUUUUAAUAAGUCAAAUGGGUUUUUGUGAUUCUAAAGUCCUUGACCACUUUUUUUGUGAUUUUGUUCCUAUUUUAGAAAUUGCUUCCAAGGACCCUUCCAAAGUAAAAGGUGUAGACUUCUCCCUGACAAUUCUUUUGGCAUUUAUACCCUUUUUGCUUGUUAUCAUAUCUUAUAUAAAUGUAUUUAUUGCUAUUGUAAAGAUCAGGUGUAGGGAUGGCAGAAAGAAAAGCCUUCUCCAUGAGCAGUUCCCACCUGGCGGCCGUGUGCACCUAUUAUGGACCGAUAAUCGGCAUCUAUAUGUUCCCGGUAGGGGAUGA